AAUUGUAUAUAUAUAUAUAUAUAUUUCUUUAAAGUAUUUGCAAAACAUAAUUAAUUCUUUAACUUUCAAAAACUAUUUUCAACUUCCACACCAAAUCUUACAAUUCUUCAUUACUAUAAUAUUAAUUACUUUCAAAAUCAUUAAAACCAAAUGUAAUUGUUUUAAAUUAUCUACCACUACAAUCCCACACAUGCUAAUUAAGCUGGAAGGCCUAUUUAAAGCCUCUAAGCCUGCUAGGACUUUUCACAAUUCAUGUAAAAGCCAUGGCAGCUUCCACACUCAAGCCAGUUCUCACCUUCCUUAUCAUCUCCUUCUUCACCAUUUCCCAAAUAUCAUGCGCCCAAAACCACCCACUUGAUCCUUUAACCCCAUCAGAAUUCCUCCUCGUCCGUACCAUUGUUCAAAACUCAUACCCAACCACCUCAAACCAAACCCUAACUUUCCAAUAUGUUGGCCUAGACGAACCAGACAAGCAGACCAUUCUCUCAUGGCAUUCAAAACCCAGCAAAACCCCGCCGCCACGCCGAGUCUCCGUGGUCACCCGGUUUGAAAAACACACACACGAGAUCACCGUUGAUUUAUCGACCAGUUCCAUAGUUUCCAAGAAUGUUUACAAAGGAAAUGGUUUCCCUUUGCUUACACUUGACGAACAAACAGCCGCAAACGAACUGCCAUUCAAAUAUAAACCCUUUAUCGAGUCGGUGAAGAAGAGAGGGCUUGAACUAUCUCAAACCGUUUGUUCGGCUUAUACGGUUGGGUGGUAUGGAGAGGAAAAGAGUGGGAGAAUCAUAAAGCUGUCUUGCUUUUACUCAAAUGAUACAGUGAACGUGUUUGUACGGCCUCUGGAAGGGAUAACAGUGGUGGUUGAUCUUGAUGAGAUGAAGAUUGUUGGAUAUAGUGACAGGUUUAUCCUUCCGGUUCCGACAGGAGAGGGGACCGACUACCGGUUAUCGAAGCAGAGACCGCCUUUCGGACCGAAACUAAACAAUGUGGCUGUAUUCUGGCCGGAUGGUCCUGGGUUCACAGUCGACGGCCAUGCUAUCAGGUGGACAAAUUGGGAAUUCCAUCUGGGAUUCGAUGUACGAGUCGGUGCAGUUAUAUCUCUAGCAUCAAUUUAUGAUCUUGAAAAGCAAAAGCACCGGCGAGUAUUAUACAGAGGCUACACAUCUGAGUUGUUCGUGCCGUACAUGAACCCAACGAAGGAAUGGUACUUCAAAACAUUUUUCGACUGUGGCGAGUUCGGUUUCGGACAAUCUACGGUGUCUCUGGAGCCCUUGGCCGAUUGUCCUUCUAAUGCAGUGUUCUUUGAUGGCUAUUACGCUGGACAAGAUGGCAAGCCAGUGAAAAUAUCCAAUGCUUUAUGUGUAUUUGAGCAAUAUGCUGGCAACAUCUUGUGGCGCCACACAGAGCUAACUAUCCCAGGGGAAGAGAUAAGGGAGGUUAGGCAAGAGGUGAUCCUUGUGGUGAGAAUGGUUGCCACUGUGGGCAAUUAUGAUUAUAUUCUUGAUUGGGAAUUCAAGCCUACUGGGACCAUCAAUGUUAAGGUUUCGCUAACAGGAGUAUUAGCUACAAAGGGAGUUGUAUACACUCACAACGAUCAAAUAAAGGAAGAUGUUUUUGGUACGUUGGUUUCAGACAACACCGUGGCUGUCCACCAUGAUCAUUUCUUGAAUUACCACCUUGACCUCGACAUUGAUGGGGAAGUCAAUUCCUUUGUCAAGAAGAAUUUGGUAACCAAGCAAAACCCAAAGAAUAUCUCACCGAGAAAGAGUUAUUGGACUGUUUCAAGCCAGACGGCCAAAACUGAAUCCGAAGCGAAAAUCAAACUAGGCUUAAAACCAUCGGAAUUGGUUGUGAUCAAUCCCAAUAAGAAAACAAAAUUGGGAAAUGAUAUUGGUUAUCGCCUAAUUCCGGGGAUUAUUUCCAAUCCCCUUUUAUUGGAAGAUGAUUAUCCGCAAAUUCGAGGUGCGUUUACCGAGUAUAAUCUGUGGGUUACUCCUUAUAACAAGUCUGAGAGAUGGGCAGGAGGGAAAAUUGUUGAUCAAAGUCGAGGAGAGGACAACUUGGCAGUUUGGACCCUCAGGAAUAGGAGCAUUGAAAACAAGGAUAUAGUGUUGUGGUAUACUCUCGGUUUUCACCAUGUCCCUUGUCAGGAAGAUUUUCCAGUCAUGCCGUCUCUGUCCGGUGGAUUUGAGCUCCGACCCACCAACUUCUUUGAAAAGAAUCCAGUGCUCAAAACAAAACCUCUAGAGCACGUGACCUUGCCUAAUUGCACCACCAAGCACUAGUUCUAUUGUUCUACCAUUUAUCAUCCUCUAUUUAUGAAAAGCAGCUAAAUAAAGAGGAGUAUUUUGAUUUCUACUA